UGUUUGGAUGCCAGGUGGUCGUGGUAUGAGUGGAGCUGCACCGUUCCUGACAACUUUUGCUGCAAAGCUCUGCAUCCUCUGCUCGGCUUCUCAUCCCUCGUCCUGAUUCUCAGGGUUGCUUCUGUUUUUCCUAAAGAGGAUCCUCUUGUGUCUUUAUUGCGAGUGUAGAAAUUGUGUCCCCUUUGCCCUCAGAGAAUCAUCCAGUCCUUUGUGAGAACCUUAGAGUGUUUGCAGGCACCUUGUGGGACAGUCACAAUCUUAUGGGAUUGUAGAAAUAUAAUAGGAGCAGCUUUUACUACGCGGAAGCUCAGUAAUUGGGGAGGAGGGAGGUUCACCUGUUGAAUUUCUGCUCAGCACGAAAGUGUUAAAGCUAUGGAAGCUCUAAAAAGAAGGGGGUAGAAGAAGUCCUGCUAACUCUUCCAUUGUUAUGUUUCCAUAGAAAUAAGGGCAAACUAUAAAUACCACGUAUUUUGACUGGAUGUUAGCUGCAUUAGCCCACUUUGCCAUUCUCUCCAUUCCUUUCCUUUUUAUUUUUCAUUUGGGACAUAGCUUAGUCUGUUUUUGCCUAUAAUUCCACAAGAUGUUGAGUUUAUUAGCAUUCUGUAUCAAUAAGUAUAACAACAGUGUUUUGACUAUCACAGCCCAGCUGUUUUAGUCCUGCCUACAGGAAAGUUGCUUGCCUGCACAGGCUGCUUAAAGCUGCUUGGGACUUUAGAUCUUGUUUUGUGAGAGUGAUACCUGCAGUUUUUGUGGUUGUAUUAGAAGAGGUGUUAGAACGAGAAGACUUUUCAUGUGAAGCUGCCUUUUUGUGAGCUAGACCAGUGACCUAUCCUACCCAGCAUUGUUCAUUCUGACAGGCAUUGACUCACCAAGAUUUCUGCAACCUUAAAAUUCUUUUCCUGAUGAUUCCAUAUAUCAUGUUCGACAUUCAAAGAAUAUGUUCUAACACAGAACUAUGGGCUUUCCUUUGAGUUUGUGUGAUCUGCUCUUAUAGAAAGAUAUGGAUCCUCUGUCAGGAAGGAAUUAGCUGUAUGUGUUGUUUGUUAACAGGAUGAGAUCAAGUGCCUCUCUGGGUAAAAGUGAGCUCAUUUAUGUUUCUGAGAAACACCCUCCCCCCAAUAUUCCUUGUUAAUUGUAAUGUUUUAAUUAAUUAUCUUCAGCCACUUGAAUGCCUGGUAGGAUUAUUCCAAAUGCAUAUAUGGCAAGGUGUUCCACUAUGAUUUCCAGGUAGAUUCCAAUGAGCUUGAUAGAAAUAAGAGAGGUCAGGAAAGUCUCUGAAGGGGCAGCUUGUACAUUUUCCAAAUAGAUAGCUUGUAUCAUUACCAGUGUCUCAUCUCAUAUGCUUUCUCCCUUACUGUUUCUCAUGUCUGUAUGUUCCAUACAGUGCCAAGCAUACUGUUGGUGCUAUAUGAAUGUUUAAUUAGUGCAAAAGUUUAGGGUCAGAUGUUGUUUCUAGGUAUUCCUGAUCUCCCUGACACAUUGCUGAGAGAUACCAGUUUGAAAACUUUCACUUAAGAAAGUGUGUUCGCUGCCAUCAUAGAGCCACCUGGGACUUUGCAGAGGCAAACCUUUCUCAUAAGCAUUUUGGAUUCCUGAUUUCCAUUAAGAAGUUGUGGUGUAAUCAAGGAAACGGACAAGAUGGCAGAAAUGCAGAUGGACCAAGACCUGGCUCAGCGGCUCUUUUUUGAGGGAGGCACAGUUAUUAUAUUGAAUAUGCCAGAAGGAACGGAGCUUGGUAUUGACUAUAACACUUGGCAAGUGGGUCCCAAGUUCCGGGGAAUCAAGAUGAUCCCCCCAGGUAUUCACUUCCUUCAUUACAGCUCUGUUAAUAACCACAAUAUCAAAGAAAGUGGUCCUCGAAUGGGCUUUUUCCUGAAUUUGCAGCAGCGAGAUCUGCGGGUGUUCCACUGGGACCAGGCCAAAGAGGAAGUGGACCUCACUCCAGCACCUGAAAACGAGACUGAAGCCAUGAGAUCUAACUUGAUGGAAAUGGACAAGUUUAUGGGUGCCUACCCAUAUGGCACUCUAAAGAAAUGGAUUUCCCUUACUAAUUUCAUUAAUGAAUCAAUCAUGCAAAAGCUGCAGCCAGAAAGUGGACAAAUAUGUGCCUUUUCAGAGGUGCUGCCUGUUUUGGCUGGGAGGUAUACUAAAGAUCGGGUUGAACAGAACUUGCCUCCGUAUGACACAGAGUGCAAAAGCUAUGCAGAGGGCCUGGCCAGGCUUCCCAAAAUGCAAGUGAAAGCUGGCACAGAGAUAAGGUUCACAGAAAUGCCUAAGCAAAUGUACCCUCAAGGUGCUACUCCUGCAGAAGUUACCAGACACAGUAUGGACCUUAGCUAUGCCUUGGAGACUGUGAUCAACAAACAGUAUUCCAACAAUGCCCAGGAUGUGCUUGGGGAGUUGCAGUUUGCCUUCGUCUGCUUCUUAAUUGGAAACGUGUAUGAGGCCUUUGAGCAUUGGAAAAAUCUCCUGAAUCUCUUAUGCAGGUCUGAGGAUGCCAUAGCGAAGCAUCACUCCCUGUUCAGCAGCCUCAUCUCUGUCUUGUACCAUCAGCUCAGUGAAAUCCCAUCGGACUUCUUUGUGGAUAUAGUAUCCCACGACAACUUCUUAACCAGCACCUUACAGGUGUUCUUCUCCUACACCUGUAGUCCAGCCGUUGAGCGGUCCUUAAGGAAGAAGGCAGAGAGAUUUAAAACCCACCUAACAAAGAAAUUCAAAUGGGACUUCGAGGCUGAACCAGAGGACUGUGCCCCGAUAGUAGUAGAGCUGCCAGAAGGGACACUUGUGGAUUGAAUAAGAACAUCUCUACUUUGCAUCUAAGCUACUUUUUGUAUUCUUGAGUUCUUCAAGGUUCUGCUUUCAAUCAUGCAACAUAUACUUUUUGAUCUGUGCCACCAUUCAUGGAGGCAGUUUCAAAAAACCCAUGAAGCCUGCAAACUUGGAACUGGUUAACAUUCUGGAACUCAUGAAACAGACUCAACGUGGAUCUUAAACUAGAUUAAUCGAGAGAUGUGAAGCUCCCUGAAGGUUCAUUCCAGCUCUAAUAUUUGAUAUCUCUUUACAGAAUUCACUAUGUUUAGCUGAAGAAACCCACAUUUGAAUUGGCAGUAUUUCAAGCUUGGCUCACUUUGUCUGCAAUACCAUGCUUUAUAAUUGGAGAGGUCGUAAACCACAUGGUCUCGUUCUUGGGAAAACUGCUUGUGAGCAAUGCAUGAAGAUGUCUUGUUAAUGAUACAAUUUGUAACUGCUCCAAGUUAUGCUGUAGUAGAUGUUUCUGGUGGAGUUUUAGGAUACUGUAACAAAUUCUUUAAUUUGUACUUAAUUAGGAGUUUACUCUGAGUUCAGUUACAUAGAUACAAAAGGGUCUUUUUAACUGAACACUGAGCAGUAAAAUUGUUACAAAACAAGUCUAUGUUAUCACGGAUUCCUGUUGAGAGGAAUAUGCUCUGAACAGCACGUUAUCUUUAUUUGGGAUCCAAAACAUCUCAGUCUCAUCAAAAGCACACACACAGAAGUGUCUUAGUUAAGUUUAUGGAAAGUGUUUAACUUUUUUUUGUCAUAGUUUGUGUUUUUAUUUAAAAUUACUUUGGAAAUACAUGUUAUUGAUUAUAUUUAGAAGUCCCAUGACAGUAUGAAACUCAACUUGUCCUGGAAUUCGCCCUCAUUCCAUCUUUUUAAACUCCUCUUUCCUCUUCCCUCAUCCAUCAGAGGGUUUCCCUGCAUCCUGCCAGAACAACCAGAAUACACAAGGGAAGCAAAUCUGAAAGAGAAAUGUAGAAUUAAAUUGGUAUACUGUCCAAGCUGAUUCUAAAAGGCUACAUUGAAUGUUCUCGUUUCUUCUUACUGAUGUUCUCUCUCCUUUUACUGGACAGGCAAGGGCUUUCUGUUGUCACCUUGGAACAACAAAAAUACUAUUAAAUAGCCUGCAGCCAGCUCACGGCCUGUUCUUAUCUUGUAAUGCUUUCUCUGGGGUGUAGGAAGAUGGUGAAUUUUUCAGAAACAGUCCCUACUGUGCAGAAAUUAGCUGUCCCCUCUCACAUUCUUUUGCAGAUUAUUAGGCUCCUUCAAGAGUUGGUAUGAGUAUCUAACUAGAUAACCUGCUUGUUAGUCUUCAGCAUGCAAUAAAUCUGUGUUCGUUUUUUUCAUAACAUGUCCCUACUGCCUUGGUGUGUGAAGAAUUGUAAGAUCGUGUGCUGUUGACAGCGCUGUGAUAGAGACAGAACAUUUGUUAUUUUAUCUUAAAGUAAAGCAUUUGUCCCUGACCCAAGGACUUCUAGCAUAUUUUAAUACCUCCAUCCCUCUCUUCACUGCGCCCUCCCCUAAGCCAUACAGCUAUUCCUCUUUGUGGGCUCCACAACCUGAGGAAUAUAAUCUUUCCAUGGGUCACAAGGGGCUGCAGAGAGGGAAGUGGCAAAACUCUCAGUGCCAUCCAUGAGUGUGUGGUUGGAUACCAGCCACAAUUUUAUACCACACAGACACUUUGAUCAAUUUAAAAAUACCUCAGAUAAUUGAGCAGCAAAUAUUUAUGUAUUUUUAGUAAGUGCAUUAUUAAAAUGCGCAAGCAUUCCCACACAGAAUAAGUUGCAAACUCAGCCCAAAGUGCUGGAAAAAGGGACCCGUCACCAAUUGCUUUCUGUAAUUCUAUAGCCUUGCAUUCUUUUCUAAAUGUAGCAAGGGAGGACCCCCUCACCCACUCUGACUGUCCACUCGAAAGGCCUGGGCCUACCACCGAAAAGGCCUGUGAUCUUGCUGUAGCUGUACAUCCAAGAGGACACCUUGAAGAUGGAGCAUAACUGUGGAGCAUAACUGGCAUAGGGCAAAACACUGAGAGUUGUAGUUUGGUAUUAAAAAAAAUUCCUUCAGUACUAUUGAUAAUUAAUGCAGAUCCAUCUUAUGUGUUUGUGUAUUAUUAUUCUCUUGCCUGUGUUCCUUUUUUCCCCUACUCUGUUGCUAUGUUGUCAUGCUUUGUAAAAAAAAUAAAAGUGGUGUUAAAAAAUGAA